AUGACAGAUCUCAGAGGUCUAUUGACGGAAUCCAAGUCUGCAAUUCAGUCCAUUGGAAGCAUAACCAGUGAAGGUUUAGGCGAGACAUUUGCGUGCAAUGUGUUUGGACACUACGUGAUGGUGCGUCAGUUAGAAGAUUUGAUGGCAUCAGGAGAUCGCUCUCGAAUAGUAUGGACUGGUUCCUGUACCGCAAAGAGAGAGACGUAUGAUCCUUUGGAUUACCAGUGUAAUGAAGGCGCAAACCCCUACGAGUCAUCAAAAUAUGUCACUGACGCAAUCGCCGUCGCUCUCAAUUCUCGUCUGAAUCGACGUAACAUUUAUAGCUUCGCAACACAUCCCGGUGUUGCCGCCACCAAUAUCAUUUAUGAUCAUCUUAAUUGGGCGAUGCGCAGAGUAAUGAAGGCAGCAUUUUACAUGGGAAGAACAUUUGGCAUAAAAGAAUUAACAAUUACCGGGUGGAACGGGUCCUAUUCAAAUUAUGUGGUCGCCACAAGACCUAUCCAAAGUCUUAAUCAGUUUCUCAAGUAUGGUAGUUACUGCAAACCGUGGGGACCAGUCUACUGUCUUGAAAAAUUGAUCGACCAGUAUGACGAAGAGGAAGCAAAUGACUUGUUAGAGAAAUUGGAUAAUUUACUUGAAGAAUUUCAAAAGAAAGAGCUUGGUGUCAUUUCCUAG